AUGGCAAGAGAACCGAAGAUUGAACCAGAUCCUGACGGAGAUAUUGAGCUCAGUAGUUCGCAGGCUGGUAGCGUCCUUCCUGAAACUAAAGAAGAGAAUAGUGCGAUUUCGGCCGCGAAACAUCCUCGAGAGGGAUGGUCAGCGUGGCGAUGGCCCUGCAUUCAAGUUCUAUUCUGCUUAACCGGGUUGCUUCUUGGCUACGACGUGAGUAAUACUGCAAACAUUCAGGCACCGAUAUACGAGGCCUUCGGCCAAGUCCACCUACUCUCGUGGGUCGCCGUCGGAUACACUGCUAUGAAUGUUACUGUAAUCCCGCUGGUACGCAAGAUUGCAUUUUUGGGAAACUUGAGAUGGCAGGUGGUCGGAUACUGCUGUCUUUUCUUCAUUGGUUCUGUAGUCUCCGGCGCAGCUCCCAAUCUUAACGCGGUGAUUAUUGGACGCGCUCUACAGGGCAUAGGAGCAGCUGGCCUUUACCAAUUGGCGCUUACCAUUAACAUCAUGAUUGCCACGCCAGCUGAGCUGCCACGAGUGCAAGGCCUCGUGGCCGUUGCCUGGGCUACUGGACUUAUUCUUGGUCCUUUCAUCGGAGGCGCGUUUGCGGAAAACCACAAUGCAACUUGGAGAUGGGCCAUGUACAUCAACCUCCCCGUCUUGGCCAUCAUCAUGUUUGCCAGCACCAUCGCUGUGCCAAACCUACAUGUCCCGAACUCCACUUCCGUCAUCAAAGGAUUACUAGCUGUCGACUGGGUUGGCGUGGUAUUACAUAUGAGCGGCUUCAUUCUCUUUUGUUCCGCCCUCAUUUUUAGCGGAUCUACAUGGGCAUGGUCCUCAUCAUCAGCAAUAGUUGCCUGGGUGUUUGUCGGCGUCAUUUACGUCGUCUACAUUCUGCAACAAAAGUUUUGUCUGUUCACCAACAGAGAACACCGGAACAUUUCGGCAGACCUGCUCAAGAACCGCACUGUUCUACUCGUCUGUCUCGCUACAUACGGUGUUGGCAGCAGCUACGGCGUUACCCUGUAUUACACCCCUCUAUACUUUGCUUUCACAAAGGGGUAUGACCCAGUUGAUGCUGCCGUCCGGCUUCUUCCAUUCAUUUUCACUUUCAUAUUUUUUGCAAUUGUCAGUGCUGGCGCUAUGCCUGUCAUCGGUAUUUACGCACCAUUUUACGUGGCCGGGGGGCUCCUGACCACCAUUGGUGGCGCACUGCAAGCCCAAAUCACCGUCUCUACAGCAGAAAGUCGGAUUAUGGGUGUCACCACCCUGAUCGGAGCCGGCCUUGGGUGCAUGUGGCAGACAGGUAUCGUCGUGAUUGUGCAGCAUGUGCCUUCUAUUAGACGCGUGGAUGCCACCGCGCUUUUCAUCUUGUUCCAGCUAGCAGGCAUCUCAAUUACUCUCGCCAUGGCUGGUUGCAUAUUUCAAAAUAUUGGGUUCAGUCGAGUGCAAGAAUCGCUUCAGGGCCUAGGUUUCAGCGACCGCGAUAUCAGAGAGGCACUAGCUGGGCUCGACUCGAAAAUCUGGGUUGAGGCUGACCCGCAAGUUAUAAAGGUCACGGUUGGUCAUGUGGCGGAUGUGAUUGCGAAGAAUCACUAUUUGAUUGUUGCUGCCGGCGUCAUAUCGUUCUUGAGCGGUUGUCUCAUGAAAUGGGAGAAGUUAGACUUUGGCAGGAAAAGUUCGAACAAGGCAAGCAACCCAUAG